AACUGACAUUUCCAAUUGAUGUACUUGUCGACAAAUUUGUGAUGUGUCGGUUGUCGACUUUACCCGUAAAAUUGCACUGAAUGAGCCCAAAUACAAGACAUUUCAAGUUCGGAACACCUACAAAUUCCUCGCGAUGUCGUGGAUCAGUGAUUUAGCCGGUCGCGCGGAGAACAUCCUUAACAAACUCGACCAAAAUGCAGCAAAUGUCCUUCAACAACCCAACCGUCCGGAGUCUACAAAAAGUGAAACCGAAGAACCCCGCAUAGACCCAAUAUCAACAGAAACAAUCAGAAGAAAUCUUUCAUCAAACUCCCUCUCCCUUAGCCGCUCACUAACUCCUAAAAGGAGCGCUCGAAAUGACUUGAAUGUGCCAAUGAAAAUUGAAAAUGGCGAGGGCUCAGUGAAAUCAGACAAACUCAGCGGAGGCGGAUCGAAUAUUUCUUCUCGUCGAAGUUCAAUUGGUUCCCGGACGGACGGCACAGUUAUCGAACAAGAGAUGACAUCCUCGACUCACUCCAAUUCGAAAACAUCCAAUCAGGAUUUGAGUCUUGAACGUGAGCUGGCUGCCAUGAAAAUUAUCCUGGCUGAAGUCACAGCCGAGCGGAACGAGCUUCAAGGAGACCUUGAUGUCCUGCAGGCGCAGAUUAAACAAUCUGGGGCAGAGAAUCGAAUACGAGAACUGGAGCAAUUGGUUGAUGCGCUGGCCGUUGAACGCGAUGAAGUGACGAAAGAACGUGACCAAAUUAAAUCAAGUGUGGACGAAUAUAUCAAGUCAAUUUCUGAACUGGAGACGAACCUCUCGAAAGUGAGGCAGUCUAUUAUCGAGUUGACUGAGAAAAGUGAUUGGCAAACGAAGGAGAUAAGCCAGAAAUCGAUUGAACUGCAAGAAUAUAGAAAGAAAGCCCAAGCGACGUUACAAAUGAAGGAGAAGAUCAUCGAAGAAUUAAAAGCAAAAGGCUCUAGUACUGACCAAAAUCUUGACAACAACAAUGAAAAAAUUCUGAAUAUGGAAAUAAAUGGUUUGCGACAAGAAAAUCAACAUCUCCGUGACGAAAUGAAAAAUCUUCACGAUCAAAUCGAAUCGUCCAAAGCUUUUAUAGAAAACCUUGAACAACAACUCAACGACAAAACAGCAGAAAUCUCAUCAAUACAUAAUGCAAAUCGUGAAAAACUCACAAUAGAACAACGUCGUGCACAACAAUUCGAAUCGGAAAAUCUCAUCUUAAACCAGGAAUUGAAUGCAGUACGUGACGAAAUGAACAGACAACAAAAAUCAUUUUCUGCUCGACUUCAUGAGAAGACAAAUGAACUGAUGAAGUUGCGUUCCCAAAUGUCCGAGUCGCCUACAUUGCUUUCAGAUAAUGGUAACUUUGAGAAUCGAAUGCAAUCACUUACUCAAGCGCUGGUAAAGAAGCAGGCAGCUUUGGAAACAGUUACGGCUGAGAGGAAUGCUAUGCGAUUGCAGUUGGAGAAAGUAGAGGACCAACUUCGUCAUUUAAUGGUCGAACAGAGGCAGCAGAGAUCGCAGAUUAUCAAUGUCAAUGACACUGAUGAUGUCAAGGCUCAAAUGCCUCUUCUAAUGCAAGAAAAUCCAUUUGAUACAAAUGUGACACGCCGUGUUAAACGUGCGUACACUUCUCUGGAUUCAGCUGGAAUACGGUUGGGGGUAUUUUUACGGCGUUAUCCAUUAGUGAGGAUUAUGGUCUUCAUUUACAUUGCAUUCCUACAUUUAUGGGUUAUGUUUGUUCUUCUCUCUUCAACACCUUCGUGAUAAAUCGUGACCUGUUAAUAAUUAAAUUAUAUUUAAAGGACUAUUAUAUGUACUAUAUGCAUACGGCAACUAAGUUGUCUUUUAUGUUUCAAAUUGUAUUAUGCACAUUUAGAAAUAACAAAUAAAAUACAUUCUAUUAAAUUUCAAAACUGAUGAACAUUU